UGAACUUGUUUCAACUGCAAAUACCGAAGAGUGACUACUAUGGUUAGUUGUUCCGAAUUUCAGUGCAUACAAAUUUGUUAAAGGAACAAAGUGAAGUGAUGAAUCAAGCAAUGAUCUCAAAGAUUCGUGAUCAAUUCUGUAAUUGACCCUACUUCUUCUCCCUCCCUCGUUCUUCUCGCUGUUAGGUUUCCAUACAAAAGAAAAAUUCAAAUAUCCAGUUGUAGUAUUCUGGUGGGUCUUUGGUUUCUUCGCUUUUGCCACAGUCGACUUUCAAUUCUUCUUCUUCUUCCAAUCUUCCUUCCUCUCUGAUUCUCCAGCUGCAACUUGUCUGGCUCUCUUUCUUCAGGUAAUUCUGUUUCCUUUCGCUCUUCUACAUUGUUCUUCGAGGUAGUGCAAUCACUGAAUCAAAAUGCGCCGCGGCGAAACUCCAUGGUCACCAAUGGAAAACCCUGCUCUAGAAUCUUGAAAAGUUUUAUACUUUAACGGUUUCAGUGCUCGAAUUCUGCUACGCUUCUAAUGAAAUGUCUUCAUUCGUGCAGAGACUGAUGAGAUUCUGCUGUGUAAUUAAAGAAAUAGACUGAUCAAUUCAAAUUUCUGUUUUGUCGGUUGAGAGAUGAUUCUUCAAGCAGGAGCUUCUUCAUGCUUUAGCUCAAUUCUACCAGGCCCAAUCUCGUGCUCCAAUCGCCAAUCCUCGUCUCUAAGGACUUCCAAUUUCAUCUCAAUUAGAGAUAGGAAUGGUAGAACGGGUGAGUUCCAUGACUUGCAUAAGGAGCUAGUCCCUUAUGCUGAAGCUUGGAAGUGGCAAAAGGACAUUGUUGCAGAGAAAAAAACCCUGAUUGAAACCAACCAGGAUUGCCCUGAUACAUUGAUUGUCCUCCAGCACCAUCCUGUCUAUACUUUGGGUAUGGGUAGUUCAUUAGAGCACCUUAAUUUCGACAUGGAUGAUGCUCCAUUCGAUGUUUAUCGAACCGAGAGAGGCGGAGAAGUUACGUAUCAUGGACCUGGACAGUUAGUUAUGUACCCAAUCGUCAAUCUCCGAAACCACAAGAUGGACAUUCAUUGGUACCUCAGGGCGCUCGAGGAGGUGAUCAUUCGUGUUCUCUCAUCGGCAUUCUCUAUCGAGGCUUCCCGAGUGGAUGGCUUGACUGGAGUGUGGUUUGGCGAUCAGAAACUGGCUGCUAUCGGGGUGAAGGUUUCUCGGUGGAUAGCAUACCAUGGAGUUGCGCUGAAUGUGACCACAGAUUUGGCUCCUUUUGAAUCGAUAGUGCCUUGUGGGAUUAAGGAUAGAAGGGUUGGCAGCAUCAAGUCAUUGCUGGGUUUAGAUGAUGAUACUCAGCUGAUUGAGACUGCUUAUAAGUCAUUGAUUAAGGAGUUCUCUGAAGUUUUCGAUCUCGGAAUCGACCAAAUAGCUUAUUCAUCCAUUUUGGAUAAAGAUUAGAGCUCUCCUUCAACCUUGGCUUAUAUCAAACAUGAAUACAAAAGUGUAAUGGAACACAUACACCGGCAUUGCUUGACAUUAUUGGUUUCCAGAAAUGUGCUCAUACUUGCAAUUCUUUUACAGACCGGGGAGCUGUGGCCUGUGAGAUGCCUUGCUGGACACUCAAAGGUCUUAUAUUUUUUGCACUCUUAGCAGGUUUAUUCAUAUAGUGGCACGAAAUACCCUUUCCACCAUCGCUAUUUUCGGGAUGGAGUACCAAUUGGUUGCUGUGUUGUAGUUGCCCUUAUUGUAUUGUGUAUCUGGAUUCCGCAUUUGACACACAUCCAAAAUCCUGGCACCAAUUUGUGGACCAAAAGAAUAAUUUGUUUCUCCCAGGAAAAAAGAUAGUCUGUUGACUUGUUAAGCUGCAAACUUGCCUCCGUACAGAAAGAAAAGUCUGCUCUUCUCUGGUCCUUUUCUGAUGAAUGUACUAGGUAGUUGCAUCAUUAAUGAAUAGUACUGUAAAAG